CAGCAAUCAAGAAAAGAUAUGAAUGGCAAGCUUUUAAGAAAUUAAAUGAAGAAGAAAGCAAUAAAACAGAAUAUGUAUUACUUAAAUUAUUCAAUUUAAAAUAUGGUGGGCACUUUUCAAAAAUAAUUAAAGUAAACAAAAUAAAAUAUAUUUUGAUGUAUUUUAACAAUGAAAGUGACCUAUUAAAAGCAAUUUAUAAAUCGAAGACGUGGGAAAAGGACUUCAAAUGAAAAGCCAAGAUGAAUUAAUAGGCGACGAAGGAACAUACAAGAAACGUUUUGGAAUCAACAGAUUUAAAUUACCACAACAAAUGGCAAAGAAUAAAUUUGUUGACGCAAGAACUGAUCAAAUAUCAACAAUACCAAGAACAUUAGAAGAACAUGAAGAAUUAGAUGCAUUGAAUAGCAGUUUUAAAGGAAGACUAGAGGAUAUUGCAUCAGGAUCAAGCUUGCCAUCAGCAAAAGGAAAGAAGAAGGUGGAGGAUAUCGAUGAAAAUGAAGAGAGGAUCAAUAAAAACAAAAAGCGUAUAAGAUCUGCAUUGACCCCUAUUUUGCAACCUGGCCCAGCCCGCACUUGGAAAAUAACAUAA